AUGGAAUCCUCAUCUUCCCAAGGCCCCUCGGCCCAAAACUCUCCCAACCCCGACCAAACCAGCCUCACCCACAGACCAGCCAAUCGUAAACAAUCCUCCGACGCUUCCUCGAAUACCCAAAAUGCACCUAUACCAGACGAUAAGCAAGGCGCGGAUUUGCCAAUGACCAUGUCCGCUUCCGUGGUGUUAACCAGUCUACCCCGCGAUGCCCAUCAAGCGUUGGCGGAUGCCGAAGCUGUGGAUACGGGAAAAGUUACGGUUCGCUUCCAGCCUCUUCCUUCAGCUCCCAUCCUCAAAAACCGGGUAUUCAAGAUCAGUGCAUCGCAAAAGUUCGAAACAGUCGUGAAGUUUCUCAGAAAGAAGCUAGACUGUAAAGAGUCUGACUCGGUGUUCUGCUAUGUUAACAGCGUAUUUGCUCCAGGCCUGGAUGAAGGUGUUGGUGGAUUGUGGAGGUGUUUCAAGACUGAUGAGCAGCUCAUCGUUGCUUACUCCAUGACACCUGCUUUCGGGUGA